UCUCAGUCACAAAAUUCUUCCCUCCCCUUUUCUUGAGCUCACAGCUCUCCUCCAGUUUCCGAUUUUAGGCCGGAACCGGAAGUUUAGUGGGCGGGGCCCGGCGGCGGAAAACGCUGCGGAGCCGGAGCCGGGAUUCGGCUGUGGCCGCUGUCCCCGUCCCCGCCACGGAGCGCGGUGGCUUCAGGCUGAAGGUCGGUCCCGAGGCGGGUGGGCGCGGGCCUCCCCCGGAGUGUCCGGGUGGCAGCCUCCCCGGGCCCCCCGGGCUCCGCGAAGGAUCAUGUCUACAGCCUCCGCUGCUUCCUCCUCUUCCUCAUCUUCAGCCGGUGAGAUGAUCGAAGCCCCCUCCCAAGUCCUCAACUUUGAAGAGAUCGACUACAAGGAGAUCGAAGUGGAAGAGGUUGUUGGAAGAGGAGCCUUUGGAGUAGUCUGCAAAGCUAAGUGGAGAGCAAAAGAUGUUGCUAUUAAACAAAUAGAAAGUGAAUCUGAGAGGAAAGCUUUUAUUGUAGAGCUUCGACAGUUAUCCCGUGUGAACCAUCCUAAUAUUGUAAAGCUAUAUGGAGCCUGCUUGAAUCCAGUGUGUCUUGUGAUGGAAUAUGCUGAAGGGGGCUCUUUAUAUAAUGUGCUGCACGGGGCUGAACCAUUGCCAUAUUACACUGCUGCCCACGCAAUGAGUUGGUGUUUACAGUGUUCCCAAGGAGUGGCUUAUCUUCACAGCAUGCAACCCAAAGCUCUAAUUCACAGGGACCUGAAACCACCAAACUUGCUACUGGUUGCAGGGGGGACAGUUUUAAAAAUCUGUGACUUUGGUACAGCCUGUGACAUUCAGACACACAUGACCAAUAACAAGGGCAGUGCUGCUUGGAUGGCACCUGAAGUUUUUGAAGGUAGCAAUUACAGUGAAAAAUGUGACGUCUUCAGCUGGGGUAUUAUCCUUUGGGAAGUAAUAACCCGUCGGAAACCCUUUGAUGAGAUUGGUGGCCCAGCUUUCCGUAUCAUGUGGGCUGUUCAUAAUGGUACUCGACCACCACUGAUCAAAAAUUUACCUAAGCCCAUUGAAAGCCUGAUGACUCGUUGUUGGUCUAAAGAUCCUUCUCAGCGCCCUUCAAUGGAGGAAAUUGUGAAAAUAAUGACUCACUUGAUGCGGUACUUUCCAGGAGCAGAUGAACCAUUACAGUACCCUUGUCAGUACUCAGAUGAAGGACAGAGCAACUCUGCCACAAGUACAGGCUCAUUCAUGGACAUCGCUUCUACAAAUACCAGUAAUAAAAGUGACACUAAUAUGGAGCAAGUUCCUGCAACAAAUGAUACUAUUAAACGCUUAGAAUCAAAACUAUUGAAAAAUCAGGCAAAGCAACAGAGUGAAUCGGGUCGUUUAAGCUUGGGAGCUUCCCGUGGGAGCAGCAUGGAGAGCUUGCCCCCCACCUCCGAGGGCAAGAGGAUGAGUGCCGACAUGUCUGAAAUAGAAGCUAGGAUUGCUGCAACCACAGCCUAUUCCAAGCCUAAACGGGGCCACCGUAAAACUGCUUCAUUUGGCAACAUUCUGGAUGUCCCUGAGAUCGUCAUAUCAGGCAACGGACAGCCAAGACGUAGAUCCAUCCAAGACUUGACUGUUACUGGAACAGAACCUGGUCAGGUAAGCAGUAGGUCAUCCAGUCCUAGCGUCAGAAUGAUCACUACCUCAGGACCAACCUCAGAAAAGCCAAGUCGAAGUCAUCCAUGGACUCCUGAUGAUUCCACAGAUACCAAUGGAUCAGAUAACUCCAUCCCAAUGGCUUAUCUUACACUGGAUCACCAACUACAGCCUCUAGCACCAUGCCCAAACUCCAAAGAAUCUAUGGCAGUAUUUGAACAGCAUUGUAAAAUGGCACAAGAAUAUAUGAAAGUUCAAACAGAAAUUGCAUUGUUAUUACAGAGAAAGCAAGAACUAGUUGCAGAACUGGACCAGGAUGAAAAGGACCAGCAAAAUACAUCUCGUCUGGUACAGGAACAUAAAAAGCUUUUAGAUGAAAACAAAAGCCUUUCUACUUACUACCAGCAAUGCAAAAAACAACUAGAGGUCAUCAGAAGUCAGCAGCAGAAACGACAAGGCACUUCAUGAUUCUCUGGGACCUUCAAAUUUUAAAAUAUGCAAAGAAAGACUUUUUUUUUUAAAGAAAGAAAAGCCCUUCUAAUGACAUUUCAUGAGUGUUAGCUUUGGGGCGUGUUCUGAAUGCCAACUGCCUAUAUUUGCUGCAUUUUGUUUCAUCGUUUAUUUUCUCUUCCUCAUAGUGGACAUGCAAUUCAACUGUCUCCUUGCAUAACAUGGAGGCAUCUGUGACUUGAAUAAGCAGCAGUUCUCAACUUCAAAACAGAUGCAGUGAACCGUGGCUGUAUAUGCAUGCUCAUUGUGUGAGGGCUGGCCUAACAAAACGGGGUAUCAAACUAGCUGCUAUGUGCAAACAUCGCCUUUUUUAGAGGUGGAACCUCAAGAAUGAUUUUGUUCUUGUAUCUCAUCUCAAAAAACAAUUUUUUCCCAAAAGAUGGUAUAUACCAAGUUAAAGACAGGGUAUUAGAAAUCUAGAAUAAUCGGUGGUACAUUAUAGAAAUGCAGGACCUUUAGAGAUAGUUCCAAAAUGAGGGCUCUGAUGCCAGUAUCCUUCCAUUAGUACUGAACUUAGUUCCAUCCGUAAAAUAUUUAAAGGUAAGUGGCGGCUGCUGUAUUUAAUAAAAGCAUAUUUCAUUGGACUGAAAUUUGACUAUGAUACAUUUAACAAUGGAACCCUUUUUUUUAAGUACAAAGAUUUUUAACUCUGUGAUUGUGUGUAUGUGUGUUGAAACUGUAAAGAUUUUAUGACUCUAAUAUUAAUAUCUCUUAAAUGAAAUUAAAAGGUAAAUGAACAUGAUCCAGCUUAAAUGAUCAUUCCUUCCUGCAAUGACUAUUGGAUUAUUGUAGUGUAUAUUUGAAAAACUGAAGAGAAAUGAUGGAAAAUGGAAAUAAUUGCUCCAGCUAAAAGGCUUGGGCUUAGAUUUCUUUUAUGAUACCAAAAGAGUAAAAAAAUAAAAAAAUAAAAAACCUGGCAAAUCAGGAGAAGUUAGUAAGGAAAUUAAAAAGUAAAUAUAAAUUGAUGAGGUGUACUAUUUAUCAACAGUGGAAUAAUUGAUUUUCCUUGCAAGCCCAUCCUAGAAUGCCUGCUGCCUUUCAACACUUUUAAAGGAAUUUCAACACUUAUAAAGAGAAAAUUUAUAUUGAUAACAAUAACUUUGCUACCAUAAACUUUGAAAAUAAAAGUAAUAAAAAAACUUCAUUGAAAUAAACUAUAUAAGCUCUAUUUUUUCAGUUGGUAUUAAAAUAAAUCACAUUCUGAUACCAGUACAAGGUAUCUUUUAAAUAAAGAUGUCAUCAACCUCAUUUUUAUAGCAUUAAUGUUUUAUGAAGAGAAAAUUAAAAAUGAAAGCAUAAUUGUGAUUAUUAGAAUUAUAUCAUGAUUGUAUUGUAGUUUUGCUCUGUUUCAGAUAAGCAAGUUGAUCUAAGAAGUAAUCAAAACUAUUCUUAAAAAAUGCUAAAGCAGGUAACUUUUUCUUCUGUUAUUUUUUUCUUCCUUCCACUGAGUUUUAUAAUGUAUUCCUGUGUAUAAAAGCAAUAAAGGUAAAGGACAGUUUGUACUAAACUGUGUCAUUUUUAGCUUCCUCCAACUCCUAUUAUUAGAAAGUUUCCAGUAAAUAAAUGUCUGCCAUUACUUGAUUUAAAUAAAAGAAAGGUUAUCAUUCCCAAAUAAUUUGAUUACCUAGCUGAAAGUGAUACUGGUCUCAACACAUUAAUAGUAAAAUAAAAUUGGCACAGAAAAUAACUGUAGACUAAGAAAAAAGCAGAACUCCUAGCAUUGCUGCUUGUUAUGUACAUGUGUCACUUCUCCAAGAGGGACCUAGUCAAUGUUUAGAGGCUUUUUUGAUUAUCUCAGAGCACGAGACAUUCGAGUGUAGAUGCUCAUGCUUGACUUUUCCAUUAGGAUUUAGCAUUAUAGAUUUCAGGUUUUAUUUCUAGUCAUUAAUGUGUUUUUAUUAUAUAUCAUAUACUCAAAGGGAAAAUGUAUUAUUAUUGUUACAUGUAAUCCCUUCAUAAAAAUCUCAGAUAGGAAAACAGAAGAAAAUAGUAGUAUUAAGUCACGGUGCCAAGUGCAAAAACAGGCUCUUGAACACUUGCUUGCUUGUUUACAGUAAGUUUCUGGGGGUUCUCACAACAGUAAUUGUCCGAGACGCUGAGUGCAGCUCAGCCUACAUGGUUUUUAAGUAGUUGUGUUGCAAAGCUCAUGCUUUUUAAGUCCUGGUUAUUUUUGUUGGGAGAAAAUGCAGCAGGGAUCAUUAAAAUCCACAGCUAGUUUUAUCAACCUCUUUACCCUUAAACCUCCAAACAGACUAAUAAGGAGCCAAAAAUUUUAUUGAUUCUGAUUUUACCUUUUACUCUAACCCUCAUUUUGGGUGGAAAUAGCAAGCAAGCAAGUGGCUAAAAGGACCCCCCUCUAAGAAAUUCACAAUCCUAAACAAUCCCUAAUUACAUUUUAUUCUCCAGGGAAAGAAAACAAAGUCUAGAGAGAAUACUCCUCAGCAAAGUAACUUUUCUGAAUUAAAUGAAAAUCAGUUAAGACUUGACUUUAUAACAACACUGCAUAUUGAAGAGAUUUCCUUAAAAGUUGUUUACAAAUGUUUGGCUCUUUUGGCUAAAGCAUUUUAGAAUAUUGUCUUUUUUUCUCCAAGUUUCUAUUAUGUUCCGAGUUUCAGCUCCAGCCUCUAGCCUGAGAUCAUAGGCUUUGCCUGUGAAACUUUCUUCUUUCUGUUAAGUGUGUGGUUUUCAGCAGUCAACUCCUCUUCAAAUGGUAGGAAGUUUCGCUUCUGUCAUUCAGAACAUUAUAUGUAAAAUGAUGUAAUGCAGAAAUCCUUGUGCAUACUGUAUAAUUAAAGGAAGCUUUUUAGAUUUAUUUUUGUUUGUAAUAAAAUUCAUAUUGUUAUUCUCAACUUGUUUAUAAAAAUGGCUAAUGAUUUAUAUCAGCAAAUGAGCUAUGUGGGGUUCUGCUCUGGCCUGAUGUUUACCUUACACAAAAUCAAAUAAAAACUGAAAAGUGAGUAUUCUUAAAGUA